AUGAGAGUUCUGAUUGUCGCCGCCGCCGUCCUCGCCUGCGCCGCAGCUGCGCCUUCUGGCGCCCUGCUGGCCGCACCUUAUGGCCAUGGCCUAUUGGGUCAUGGUGCGCCCCUAGCGUUGGCGCACGCCGCUCCCCUGGCCGUCGCCCACGCCGCCCCCCUGGCCGUCGCCCACGCCGCCCCCGCCUUGCCCACCAUCUCACCCGGUGAUAUCCAAGGCGCUGCCAUCGACGCUCACGUCGAGGCCUCCGACCAAACCCGUGCCGCCGUCGACGCUGCCCGCGAAUUGCACGACCAGGCUUCUGAAAUUCACGGACAAGCCGCCAACGCCGCCGAAGACCACUCAUGGCAAGCCGUCGACGCCGUAAAGACCGCCGAGGCCCAGCUGGACGGAGCCGCCGCCGGUGUUGCCCCCCUGUUAGCUAAGCAACUGGCUGGUAACGUUGCCAUCGCUGGCCCAGCUGCAUAUGCGGGUCAUGCCGCCUACGCUGGUCACGCCGCCCUUGCUGGUCCCGUCGCCUACGCCGCCGGACCUGCCUACUUAGGUGGUCACGCCGUCGGACCCGCCUACUUAGGUGGUCACGCCGCCAUUGCCGGCAGCCGUUCCGUGUCCACUCAGUCCAUCUCCCAGACCCACCCUGCUCCCCUCAUCCAUGCGCCCGUCGCCUACGCUGCUCUCAGCGGUUACGCUCACGGACUUGCGCAUGGAUGGUAA